UUUGCGCCUGACCACUUUCCAAGCAAUCCGCUCUCCUCAGCUAUUUGGGAGGAUUGGGUUCUCUUACAGAAGCAUUCCAGAGCUAUAUGCCCAUCAAUCAUCCUACAUUUACAAGUACGUUAUCCACCAUAAAAGAAUAUAUACACUUGGGUCGCUGGGACACCGCGGCUACUUUCUUAUAGGCUUUUCGAGUUUCCAGUGCUGUCUGCCUGAUUGGUUCAAGCUGAAUGCAAAGUGUUGGCCAGGCCGUAUCCAGGGUAGCGUCGUGAGCACGUGAGUCAAGCGGAAAUAUUUUCCCGCGCACAUUUCAUCUCGACCUUUUCUCUUCCAUCAACAACUCUGUUUUCAAGUCUUGGUUGGAACGGAGCCAAUUACUUCUGUUCUUCAUCCUGUCAGCGCUAUGCCGUUCUCCAGCAUGGCUUUGGGCAGUUACCCCCGCUUCCUGCAGGACUUCCCCACGCAGAACCGUCUUGCUGCGGCUCAAAUUCAAGACCUCGGCUGAAGAGCGAGCGAACCAAGACCGCGGAACCCCAACUACACCUGCAGUAUCUACCUCGUUCUCCUGACCUGCAUCUUUCGAAGCUGCAAAUUCUAUACAAGAGUAUACUAUGAGGACCGUCUCGGCGAUAGCAACACCAUUGAGAAGGCUGAGACCGGCUACUGCCCGCCAGCCUUCACGGAGACACUUCUCGAGCUCCAAAGAUCUCCAAGCCACAUGGGGAUUCAUUGGUCUUGGGCGGAUGGGCUUCGCUAUGGCUAGAAACCUCAGGGCAAAGCUCCCCGCCGAAGACACACUCUUUGUCCAGGACGUGAACACCGCUGCGUCGAAGCAGUUCCUGGAAGAGAACCCGCAGGGUGUACGUGUGGCUGAUAAUGUGCGCGAAGUCGCCGAGAAAGCGGAAACCGUCAUUACAUGUUUGCCAGAGCCUCAGCACGUUCGAGGCGUAUACAAGCAGAUGCUAGAGCCUGCGACGCUUUUGAGUGAAGGCGUGAACAAUCAACGGUUGUUUAUUGAUUGCUCAACAAUUGAUCCCAUGACGUCCGCCUCCGUCGCUGAAAGCGCCUCUUCAACUAAACAGGGCGUCUUUAUAGAUGCACCUAUGUCUGGUGGUGUCGUCGGUGCCCAGGCAGGCACGCUCACUUUCAUGAUCGGUGCUGCUCCCGAGGCUGUCGGCCCAGCGACGUCAGUUCUUUCGAUGAUGGGAAAGCGUGUUCUUCAUUUAGGAGGACAGGGCGCUGGACUCAAGGGCAAACUUGCCAACAACUAUCUAUUAGCACUCAACAAUAUCGCCACCGCCGAAGCCAUGAGUAUGGGUAUUCAGUGGGGUCUUGAACCAAAAGCACUCGCGGGCAUGAUCAAUAUUAGUACCGGUAAAUGCUGGCCGAGCGAAAUCAACAAUCCUGUUCCCGGCGUUAUUGAAGGGUCGCCUGCUAGCAGAGGCUAUGAAGGCGGUUUUGGCGUCGCGCUGGCGAACAAGGAUCUGAAGCUGGCAAUCAAAUCCGCAAAAGAUUCAAACGUUAAACUUGCAUUAGCUGAUGAAGCGCAAGCAUUGUAUGACAAGGUGGAGCAAGCCGAGAAUUGCAAAGGACGGGACUUUUCUGUUGUAUACAGAUACCUCGGAGGCAAAGAGUAA